CGACAAAGCGCCGGCGUCACCCACAAAACCACAGCGACAAACUGCAUCGCGGACCAACCAGCAACCGGCGACGGCCAACAACGGACUCCAUCGGCUUUCAUCCUAGUCGCCCUUUAGCCUCAGCUUCUCCAAGUCCCCUUAUUGCCUUUUUCCUCCACGCAACGUACUACUGUAUCUCUGCCUUAGAUCCCAACUCGUCCGUUGCCUGAAUUCUUUUCGCUAUUCAUAUAGCAGGGGGUUGUUCAUUCAAUACAUUAUCGUCUCCAUUGGCCCCCGGUUGUGGCCAGUGUUUCUCUUUAAUACACGUCUUCUGCUUCGUGUGUGUUGUCUGAGAGGAGCCCGCCCACGACAAAUAUGCGAUGCGCAAAAGCAUCGUCACUGUAGCAGCAACGGAUACAAUAUCAUUGCUGCCUCAUUCUGAUCUUUGAAUCUUCAAACUCUUACAAUCAUGAAUCAAAAUCCCCCCGAUCACUGGCGGGGUCCUGGAGGGCCUCCUCAAGGCGAACCUCAGCCUCAGGCUAGGCCAUACGGGAGCUUUGGUCCAAACGGCCCUGCGCAAGCGCCGCCGCACGUUCUCCCUCCACCCGCGUCAUAUCAUCAGCAUCUUGCUCAACCGUCUGGGAGCCAUAGCCUGUCUAUUGCAGAUCUCACUCAAGGACCACCAAAUCACCAACAACACCAGUACAAUACUCAACCUCCACCUCCACCUCCACCUCAAGCUCAGGGUCAUGGCCCUAUGCCCCCAAUGGGUCAUCCCAUGCCUCAACACUCCCCUCAGUACCUCGGCCGUGAAAGAGAGAUCCGAGAGCUGCGUGAGCGCGAGAUGAGGGAACACGAACUCAGAGAGAGGGAAAUGAGAGAACGUAGUAACAUUGAGCUGCAACGGCAGCGGGAUGAGAUCAUGAUGAGGGAGCGCGAGCGCGAAGCUCGGGAACGAGACCAGCUCGAGCGCAUGCACCAUGAACAGCAUCAGCAACAACGGCCGGUCCAGAGCCACGCUGGCUCAAUCCCGAUUCAUCAGCCUGUCGCGUCCAAGGUGCAGAACUCUAUACAUGGUCCAAACGGUUUGCUGGCCAACGGAGGUGCUGGUGUGGUCCCCAACAAUGGCGCGGCACCAUCCACCGGUGCCGGCCUCUUCGGAACAGCUGCACCACACGAAUCGCAGCGACCGUCGCAAUACAUGCCACAGCAGGUUACAGCAGCACCUUCGCAGCAGCCAGGGCAGACUUUUAUGCCUGGCCCUUCUCCCAUGACGGCCCCUGCACAGCUUGCGCACGGACAGCAACCCAUCCUUAACGAUGCUCUCAGUUAUCUCGACCAGGUAAAGGUUAGGUUUAGCGACCACCCAGACGUGUACAACCGGUUCCUGGACAUUAUGAAAGACUUCAAAAGCCAAGCGAUUGACACGCCUGGGGUCAUCGAGCGAGUCUCGAACCUCUUUAAUGGACAUCCGGCCCUUAUCCAAGGAUUCAACACUUUCCUCCCUCCAGGCUACCGUAUCGAAUGCGGAACAGAGGAGAAUCCUGACGCGAUUCGAGUGACUACCCCCAGUGGUACAAUGACCCAGUCUCUGCACAACAGAGGUCGUACUCAGUUCGAGCCUGCGCCCAUGAGUCAACUGACGCAGCAACAAGCAGGCCGCCAAGAUCCCUUUGAAAGUCGCCAUGGAUGGGGCCAGGCUCUUGGAGCUUCGCCAGGGACGAGGCCUGCAGACUUGCCAGGUUACAAACCUGCCUCUGGAGAUAGACCAAUGGACGAAGGCCCUAACACCAUGACUCAACAAGAACAACGCAAUGUUUCGACACUCCAAAGUGCUGUGACUGCUGUGACAAACGGCAUGUCGCGGCCAGCUUUGGCCGUUUCGCCUGGGCCAGGCCAGCCAGGACAGUAUCCUCAGCAGGCGGGUGCCUUCGGCGGUAACGCAGCUCUCGGUGAAUUGAAGAGAGGUGGACCAGUUGAAUUUAACCAUGCCAUCAGCUAUGUGAAUAAAAUCAAGAAUCGCUUUGCACAGCAACCUGAGAUUUACAAGCAGUUCCUUGAGAUCUUGCAGACUUAUCAACGCGAAUCAAAACCCAUUCAGGACGUCUACGCACAGGUUACUCAACUAUUUGUGUCCGCCCCGGAUUUACUCGAGGAUUUCAAACAAUUUUUGCCAGAGUCGGCCGCUCACGGCAAGGCACAAGCCGCUCGUGCAAUGGCGCAAGAGGAACAGACAAGCAAUGUUCGUGGGGAACCUGGUUACGCAACGGGAGCCAUGCCUCAGGCACAGACUCCAAGGCCUGCUUCCAAGAUGCCUCCUCUAGGCCAGUUUGACCCCCCGAGUACCAGCAAAGAAAGCAAAAAGCGCCGUGGGGGUCCCGGAGCGAACCUUUCCAACCAGCCCACCGCCCAACAGUCUGUUGAGGCAAAUCUUCCACAGAGUAACCGUGCUGGGCCCGUGCAAGUGGGCAAUGCUAACAAGCGGCCCAAGUUGGCAAAUCAGCGUCAACCUCUCACCGAGGCAGUGGUCACUUCACCUACCCUCGUCCCUGCACUUCCGGAGCCUCUUCCUCCGUUCCCCAACCCAUCCACUACCCAGGAGGAACUUGGAUUCUUCGAUCGAGCCAAAAAGCAGAUUGGCAAUCGCGCGAGCUAUGCCGAAUUCCUCAAGCUCAUCAACCUCUACACCCAAGACCUCAUAGACAAGUACACCUUGGCGGACAGGGUGGGAUCUUUUAUUGGCAACAGUCCUGAAUUGAUGAACUGGUUCAAGAAUUUCCUUGGUAUUGAAGAGCAAGACGAGAUCAUCGAGGCACGUGCUCGCCCGGAUCCCGGGCGUGUGAAUCUGUCACAUUGCCGUGCCCUUGGCCCAAGCUACCGCCAUCUCCCGAAGCGAGAGCAGAAUAAACCCUGCAAAGGCAGGGAUGGAAUGUGCUACGAAGUGCUGAACGAUGUAUGGGCCUCCCACCCGACCUGGGCUUCUGAAGAUAGUGGCUUCGUUGCCCACCGCAAGAAUCAGUACGAAGAAGCCCUGCAUCGAAUAGAGGAGGAGCGUCAUGACUAUGACUUCCACAUUGAGUGUUGUCAGCGAACUAUUCAGCUCAUGGAGCCCAUCGUCCAGCAAAUUGGGGUUAUGAGUGAGGCGGACCGAGCGGCCUUUGUCUUGGCACCUGGUCUAGGCGGGUCAAGUGAAGCCAUACCGAAACGCAUCAUCAUGAAAGUGUACGGACGCGAGGUGGGUGGCCGAGUCAUGCAAGAAAUGUUCGCCCGGCCCACUGCCGUACUUCCAAUCGUUCUGUCGCGGCUCAAGCAGAAACUUGAGGAAUGGAAACAUGUUCAGCGGGAGUGGGAAAAAGUGUGGCGCGACCAGAUUCACAAACAUUUCUGGAAAAGUCUUGAUCAUCAAGGAAUCAAUGCCAAAAAUCUCGACAAGAAGAACUUUCAGCAAAAGACCUUGACCAGCGAAAUCCAAGCCAAGUAUGAAGAAGCAAAGAAGAACCGCGAAAGCGGCAUCCCUGCGAAGAGGCACCAGUUGGAGUACAAGUUCGAUGAUCUUGAUGUGAUCGCGGAUGCUGCCCGGUUGAUACUGGUCUCUCUCGAAUCCGAACGCGUUCAGUACAACACUUCAGAACAGGAUAAGCUCCGUGGCUGGCUUGUUGACUUUGUGGUUCAUUUCUUUGGCCUCGAUCCCGAGAAGUUCCAAGAACAGAUUGACACUGACAGCCUCAGAAACCGAGAGCAUGAAGAGGGCGCGGAUCUUCAGGAAAGCGAUACCCAGGCACCCACGAGGGGAAAAUCUGGACCCAAAGCAAACUGGCUAAGGAGGCUAGCGCUUGAACGAAGACAUGGCAAAGAAGAUAGUGUGGCGUCUGCAAGCAAGGAAUCGACGCCUAUGCCGGGGGCCAUGAGUGAGAUGGAUUUGGACGAAGACGCAGUAUCGUCCGAGACGCCCGAGCAGUCCCAGCGUCCCUGGAUCAAGGUCGGCAACAGCGACGCUUCCGCACGUCAGCCCUCUAUGGACGAACCAUACCCUCACACCACCUUCAACCUGUACGCGAACGCGAACAUCUACUGCUUCUUUCGGCUGUUCCAAACCAUGUACAUUCGACUUCUUGCCAUCAAGCAGAACGAAGCCAACGUGGAAGAAGCUGUGGCCAGGUAUAGAGGCAACAGCCGCGGGGUGAAGCCAGCCAUUGAGCUCCGCAUGAUUGACAAAGGCCCCGAGUAUUUCUUUUACAGCCUCGACGGAAAGCAGAGCUACUACAGCCAGAUCCUCCAGAUGUGCGAGGAAGUACUUAUUGGUACGGGAGACAUGAGUCAUCUUGAAGAGACCCUUCGCCGUUACUACAACAAGAGUGGCUGGCAGCUGUACACAAUCGAGAGGCUGGUUGGAGCAAUCUUGCGGUUCAUCAUGAACAUUCUGGCGGGUGACGUGAAGGAUAAGAGCAUUGACAUCACCAAUUUGUUCAUGAAGGAUCGCGAACGGCCAGACACAACCAGGAAGCAAGAGAUUCAAUACCGCAAACAAGUCGAGCGGCUAUCCAAGGACGGCGAAGUCUACCGUAUCAGUUAUACCCCGGAGGACCAUGUUUGCACGAUUCGGUUGUUCCCCUCGGAAGAUGCCACUUUCGAUAGUGAUGCACUCUCAGAAGAGGCCCGAUGGCAAUAUUAUGUGGCGUCAUAUACCAUGACCGAUCCUACCGAAGGAGUUGACCAGUCCCGCAUGCGCCAUCCAUUCCUGCGGCGAAACAUUGCUCCGCAGAAUGCCAAUGUCGAGUCAGCAUAUGAAGACGUGUACGGGGAGCUCGAGCACUAUGACGAGCAGACUGCCUUUAUCAGCCCUGAAUCGUACAAGGUAUUCCUCCAAAAGGAUUUCUGCUUCAACCGACCUAAAGCAUUGGAGAAGCCCAGUGCCAAGGGGUACGAAGUCGGCAAGAUUGAAGAAAGUGAAAAGUUUCGGGAGAAAUUCGUGCGCAACACGGCGUGGAUGAAGGACCAGCGGGCCGAAGACGUGGAGCGGAAAAAAGCCGCAUGGGAAAGGGGGGUCAAAGAGGGCUUCUCUGCUUUGGGAGCAUGAUGAUGAUGUUUGUACAGCAGGAGCAGCAAGCAAGGCUCUGAUGGCAGUGGCACGGCAAUUUCUGUGCUGUAGAGUACAUUACAUGCAUGACGCAUGAGUGGGUUGGAUUGAUAACGGAUAGACAAUGGCACAACACACAUUUGAAUGAUCGUGUCGAUCUGUUUUGGUACCACAGCUGAGUGAUUAUUCGAUCAUUGCAAAAAAAGAAGCAGUACCUAUGGCUCGGCCUUUGCGUUUUGAUAGACAGAGUCCAGAUUGUCGCGUUUGCGCACUGAUGUAGCGCUAGGAGUUUCCUUACCUAAAUGUGGUGCAGCUAGAAUCUGGGCAGCCAGAGGUUGUGUUGUGAAUAGUAAUGGAAAAAUGACGGCAGUGGCGGGUGUCACCGAUGGAC